AUGAGCUCGAAGAAAGUUUUUUCGUUGCAAGGGAAGGGUCUCAAACUCACCACCAAGGAGGAUAUCGAGCCGCAUCUUAAAGAGCUGCGAAGUAUGCCAGAGGUCGAGGAAAUCCACAUCGGAGGAAACACCCUAGGCGCUCCGGCUUGCCAGGCGUUGGCUGAGGUCAUCAAAGACUUGAAGCAUCUUAGGGUGGCAGAUUAUGCAGACAUCUUCACUGGUCGGCUCAUCGACGAAAUCCCGACGGCUAUCGGUGCCUUGACCGACGCACUAAUUCACAGUACAUCAAUACGAGAGGUUGAUCUUUCCGACAAUGCAUACGGUCCUCGAUGUGCGCCCUCUCUGGUCCCCUUUCUCUCCCAGAACACCCACUUUACGAUUCUCAAACUUUCGAACAAUGGCCUCGGACCGGAAGGAAGUACAAUUAUUGCAGAGGCACUAGAGGCAAAUGCCAAGAACGCGAGACGGGCGGCAGCCCGAACAGCAAUGGGCGCACGGAUGAUGGGUAGCGUCAAUCCGCUCGACAACCAAGCGACAAUGCAGAACAACGAGCCGUUCAAAUCCAACCUCCGUGUGUUCCACUGUGGUCGAAAUCGGAUGCAGAUGGAGAGCAUGGCCGCAUGGGGUAAGACGUUUGCCGCCCAUGGAGGACUUCAAGAGGUCCGAUUAUACCAAAAUGGCAUCUUCGAAGCUGGGUUCCCACCUCUUAUUGCUGGUCUCAGCGCCUGUCCUGACCUCCAAUACCUCGACCUGGCCGAUAACACCAUCAACAAACAAGGAUGCGCUGCGAUCGCUCGAGCUCUCCCUUGUUGGCCACAGCUCACUAUUCUCAAUCUCUCCGAGAGUUACUUGACCAAUGCGGGGGCAACGGCCAUCUUCAAUGUUCUAAAGACGGGUACUUCUCCUAAACUUACUUCGUUGCAACUACAGUUUUCGGAGAUUGGAGAAAAGGCAAUGAUGGUGUUGGCACAAGCCAUUCUGGAUCACGGCGCCAAUAUCACCAGCCUGUCGCUCAACGGGAACAUUGCCAAGGCCGAGGGCAAAGCAGUUCAAGAGGUCAUGGACGCCUUGGACGCUCAUGGGCAUAGCGACGCAUUGGACGAAUUGGAAGAGAUGGAGGAGCCAGAAGAGGAGGAAGAAGAAGAAGAGGCAGAAGAACGGCUGCUAGACGAGGUUGGUGAAGAUGAGCAGACGCUUCGCGAAAAGCUCAAAGAGGGUGCCAAAGACGCGUCUGUCGACGAGCUCGCAGAGGCUCUCGGCAAGACCAGCAUAUAA